AAUAGCCCGUCCUCCUCCGGUUUCUCCAAACCCUAUUGCUCAAUUACUUACUCACUCACAGUCACAGAGAGAGAGAGUAGCGUGCGUUUAUGUAUGAAGAUGCGUCAAGUGAGCACCCCAUAACCCAAUCCUUCACCACUUCACGUAUCCCUGCUAACGUCAUUUCGUCAUCACCACACAUCUGUGCCUCCCUCACACAGUUCUUCUCCCUCUUCUCAACUUAUUAAUUUUCUCUCUCACUCUCUCUUAUUUUCGUUCAUCUAUUGAAUUAUAGAAGUUGAUUAAGCUUUGUGAGUUUUUCAGAGCUAUUAAUAUUGGAUCGUGGGUAUGGCGGAAGGGUUUGAGCCGUACCAUGUCCCGCAACAAAGCAGAAGAGAUAAGCUUCGAGUCCUGGCUCAAAACCACUCCGGUACUGGCUGUGUUGAUUCAAGCUUAAUUCCUUUCUACGAUCCUUCCCUACUCUCUUCCGAUUUGCUAACUUGCGCCAACAACCACAGCACCGCAGGCCCUCCAGUUGGAAUACUGAAAGAGGGAGGAGUGAGUGGUAAUUUGAUGGGUUUUGUUUCUUCAACUUCACAACACCACCACCCAUAUUUGGAUCCACAAUCUUCACUCUCUAUAAACCCUUAUUUUUAUCCCUCUCAUCAGAAUUUUCAAAACUUGAGAAGUAAUUAUGACCACCAGUCGUAUAAUGGGCAUGGUGGUGACCAGGACGUACUGUACAAGCCUGAACCAUUAUCUUUGACUCAUCAGGAGUGUAAUAGUACUAGUACUGGUCAAGGUCAGGGCUUGUCUCUAUCUCUCUCUUCUCACCAUACCCACCAUAGCAAUCUUCCUCUGGAGCUUAAUUACAUGGUUCCUACUGGUAUUGCUGGUUGUGGUGGUGGCGGCGGCAGUGGUUCGACUUCGAAUGAGGUUUCUAGAAGCUCCGUUCCUCUCGGGCCUUUUACGGGUUACUCUUCGAUUUUGAAGGGAUCCAGAUUUUUGAAGCCUGCACAGCAAUUGAUGGAGGAGUUGUGUGAUGUGGGUCGUGCAAUUUAUGCCGAAAAAAUUGCCCCCGAUUCGGCUCUGAUUGAACCUUCGAUGGAUAGUUUGAAUGCUAGUGGGGAUCUGCUUAGUUGUGUCGAUGGCAGUGAGAAUCGGCGGACGAAGUCCAGGCUUCUCGCAAUGCUAGAUGAGGUUUACAGGAGGUACAAGCAAUACUAUCAACAGAUGCAGGCAGUGGUGGCGUCAUUUGAAUACGUAGCUGGCCUAAGCAAUGCAGCUCCUUAUGCUAACUUGGCUUUGAAAGCAUUGUCUAAACACUUCAGGUCCUUGAAAAAUGCCAUCACUGACCAUCUUCAGUUCAACAAUAAGGCCCAAGGUCCAAUGAGCCAUGGUAGAGAUGAAGCCCCUCGGUUCGGGAAUUCUGAAAGAGGCAUUUAUGACCAGAGGCCUGUUCACAGCUCAGGAUCAUAUGAUCAGCAACCUGUGUGGCGACCCCAAAGGGGGCUUCCCGAACGUGCCGUAUCUGUUUUAAGGGCGUGGUUAUUUGAACACUUCUUGCAUCCUUAUCCUAUGGACAAAGACAAGCUAAUGUUGGCCAAACAAACCGGUCUAACAAGGAGCCAGGUUUCUAAUUGGUUCAUCAAUGCAAGAGUUCGGCUCUGGAAGCCAAUGGUUGAGGAAAUACACAUGCUAGAGACGCGGCAAGCUCAAAAGGCCUUGCAAAGAGAUGAGCGAAAUGCCAACCGGUUAACUGAUAAUAGUAUAGCUUCAUCGAACUUGCUUGUGUCGGAGAAUCCAUCCACAUCCACCCAGAGAAUUCAUGGCAACCCUCCUUCAAAACAUAGUAGAGAUGAUCUUCGGCCAAUACCCGUGGGGAGUGAUCAGGAGGCACUGAACUUGUCUUACCAUAAUUUAUCAAGCCAUCAACAACAUAUGGGUGUUGGUGUAGGCAUGGCAGGUGGUAGUGGUGUCUCCCUAACACUCGGUCUCCACCAGAAUAAUGGCAUCGGUUUAUCAGAGUCGUAUCCUAUAAAUGCAGCUCAACGAUUUGGUCUCGAGGGAAGUAAUGAAGGAUAUGUCAUGGCCAAUUUUGAAGUACAAAAUCGACACUUUGGAAGGGGCGUUAUAGGUGGGCAACUUCUGCGCGAUUUUGUUGGCUAGCCGACCCAGAGUCUCUUCAGAGAAUCAUAUGGUACUGGUUCGAAAUGCAGUGUAUAUGGUAUCUCAAAUAGGAGAAGAAUUAUGAAAGAUUGAUGUGAAAAUUUUCUGUUUCUACAAUUUAAUUGUUUAGAAAUGAUAUGAACAUGAAGGGGCCAGUCAAAACCCCAAUUUUGAACGUCCUAUGGUUUUGAUAUUAUAGCUUACAAGCAUUUGCCAUCUA